UCGUGGUGGAUAGGGGUCCCGGCCCGGCUCUCUCGGCCCGUCGUCCCGUCUCGUCUCGUCUCGUCCCGUCCCAUCCCAUCCCGUUCCGUUCCGUUCCGUAGAGUAGUAUCGCACCGCGCCGUUCGCCACCCGCUAUCCACAGCAGUUUCAGCCAGCCCGCCCGCCCGACUGCUUGCCAGUGUCCCACCGCACGUCGAACCGUUUGCACUCAGAAGCGAUCAGGGAGCCCUUCCGUCCCUCCUGCCGGCCUUCUUGCCAGCCUGCCUGCCAGCCUGACUGCCGAUCUCCCACUUCUCCCUCUACCUCUUCCUUCAUCUCCACCUUCAACUCCACCAGCUUUACCUCCUCCCUUACUGUUCACACCAUACCGCGCGUCUUCCUCGUUUUUCCCUUUCCAAUGUAUACUCCACUUUGUGAGCCCAGUAGUAACUCUGGUCAUCCUUAUCGCCCACUCUCUCUUUCUCAAUAGCAUUUCUUCCUCGCCGUCAGUCACAUACUCUCGGAACUUAUGAGAGUCUGGUUAUCGCUCUCUCACUUCCACCUCCCUUUAUCCAUGUUCUUUCUUCGUCUUCUUCUUUCUCAGUUCUUCCUCUUCCUCGCUCGCUCACUCGCUCGCUCGCGGGCGCAUUUAACCUCCUGUACGUUCCACCUCUUCACUUCCUUCCCUCUUUCCUCACGCUGCCAGACGUCUCGAUCUCCCUCUCUCUCUCGCGCGCGCGCACGCUGAGCAAGCGUCCUCCACCGUCCUUCCUACUAGACGGAGAGAGGGAGACCCAUUUCCCUCCCACUUGCGGCCACUCUUUCUCUCUCUCUCUCUCACUCUCUUUUUCUCUCUUUCUAUCACACUCGAACACCGUCGGUGUAUACUCCCGCUGUCACCUGAUCGCGGGACACUUUUCGCGGGUGAGAUACCGCUCGGCCACCGAGUCAUCGAGUCUACCGCUGUUCGUUCUUCCUUCCACCUCUGUCUCUCCCUUUUCAUCUUCUUUUACUUCUUCUUUUUCUUCGACAACCUCCCUCCUUCUCCUACCCUACCUCCUUCUUUGGCUCUUGCUCCUCUUCCACGCUCCUUCGCCUCUUACUUCUUCCUCGUGCGAUCUUACCGUGCACAAGAGUCGACUUUGCCGCGUACGCUUGAAGCAGAGCUUGUAGUGGUAGCUUCCGACAGAAAGGAAGAAGAAAAAAGGAAUAAAAGAAAAGAGAAAGAGGUCUCGACCAACGUCGGCCAACGCACAAGAGUGGUUGUCCCUCGCUUGUUCUCACUCUCUUUCUCUCUCUUCUUCUAUCUCGAUCUCACUCCUUUUACCAUCCUCUCUCUUCCUCCUUUCACGGAUCCGGAGGGGUGCGUUUGAAAGUCGAAAAGCCAGAGGAGGAAAGAGUGACACAUUCUGAACGUGAACACGCGCCACGACGGAUUUACGGAAGAGAAGAAGAAAUCGGCAAGGAGAGGCAAUCAGGAUACGGGAUUUCCUUCGGUGGAAUCUUCUUCUUCUUCCUCUUCUUACGCUCGUAUUGACUGCAACCGAUUUCCUGAUCGUCCCGACGAACGGAGUAAUCACUGGUGGAUAUCGUGAUCGGAAGUCGUUGAGAUCCCAGAAGGAAAAGUAAAAUCGAAAAGUGCCGUGGAACUUCGUAACGAUCGAACGAAUGCAGAAGUAACGUCGUCGGUUCUCUCGUCGAGAACGUCGUCGUACGAGAAGGCACGCAAACGAAAUCGUGCGCACGUGCGUUCUAGAUGCAUUAAUCGCACGAUGGCGACCGCGACGAUGGGACUUCGCCGUAGGGUACCGGUGAACAAUUCACCGACGCCUUCCGGUCAUUCCUCCUCGAACGUUUCUGCAUCUAGCAAACGUUCCAGAUCAGAGAAUAACAAUAGUCCGUCUCAAGGGAACUUAAAUUCGGUGAAUGGUUCUCGAGAGGAGCCACCGGCAAAGAAGUCACGUGGUACGACGACCAAUUCUGGCAAGAAUAACGCUUCCUCGACCUCGUCAGCCUCGAAUACUUCGGGAGUCGUUUCUCUGACGGAGACCAAUUCAUCGAGCAAAAGUCGUGGGAGCUCGCUUUCCAGAUCGAACCAUCAAACGAAGAUAUCAUCCAGUAGUAAUAAUUCCAACAUCAAUGGUGAUCAUGCUUCGAACGUUCCAGCGAGCAGCUGGUCAACCACGUCGAACAUGUCAGACGUGCCGACUUACGCCUCGGUCGCGGGAUUAGGCAUGACGAACGGGCAAAGUAGCGGACUCUGUACUUCCAACCUUGGCAUGACGACACCGAUACCACCGUACAUGUCGACGUCAAUGGCGACCUUCGUUGGGAACGCGACGAAUCUCGGUAAGAGUUCGUCGGUGUCUUAUCUCGAUAUAUCCAACAUGACCAGCGGUUCCUUAGGCUCCUCGAACGCCACGAACUCUCUGGCCUCUGGUUACGGCACCAAUAAAACCACCGGCACGAAUCUCGAUUCGAAUUCCUCCGGUGUAAAGACGAUGGCAUUUCCAGGUAUCUCGUCGGCGAACGUGAAUGCGAACGGUUACGGUUCGGCACAGCAAAAGGGACAAAACCAGACAACGGAUAGCGUGGCUCUACCGAAGAAGUUUCAGAACGAUGGCAUGUUCAAUGCCUAUCAGCCCUGGGUGAUAAAGACUUACGGUGACUUAGCAAAGACGAAAACGAUCACGAUCAAAAAGUAUGCGCGUAUCUUACGAACUCUGCGUGGGGAGGAAGUGAACAGUGCGGAGAACAGCAAGUUCAGAUUUUGGGUAAAGAGCAAAGGCUUUCAUAUUGGUCAACCGGAAGGAUACGAUGCAAAACCAGCGGACAGGAUUGUGGGACGUCACGCGGUGACCAAUCCCGGUUUGGAUCCUCCUCUCUACGUGCCCACGCAGUUGCCACAUAACAAGGCUUUGAACGGUGCAGAGGGUACGGUUCCACCUGGAAGGGUUUACAAAAAGGUCGCCAUCGUAGAGAAUUUCUUCGAUAUUAUUCACGCCGUUCACGUUGACCUUGAGGGUCGUCCUGGGAAGCAUGCCGGUCAGAAGCGCACCUAUCGGACGAUCACAGAGACGUAUGCCUUUCUUCCAAGAGAAGCUGUGACGCGAUUUCUUCUUGGAUGUACCGAGUGUCAACGACGACCAAGAACUCCCAGUCCGACUAAUCUAUCUAAUCAGUCAUCUCAUCCAACUGCUCUUUCCUCGACGACAACUUCUACGUCGACAUCUACAACGACGACAACGUCUAUGUCAACGAGGUUGAGUCCGACGCCUGGUCUUGUAACGUCAAAUUCAACGACUCAAAGUAACAACGUUAACGGCACUGGCAAGUCGAGAGAUUCGACGGAAAAUAAAAAUCUUUAUAAUUAUAGACAUCAGAAACAUUCAAAGAAUGGGGGUGCUGUUAGUGUAACGGAGACGAAAAAUGAGAAGGAUAAGGAAGAGAAAUAUAAUCCUUUGAGCAUAACGAAUUUAUUAAAGAAGGAACCAGCGAAUGGAUUUCUAUCGAGCACGGAGAUUCUACCAGAAUCCCGAAGAACUCCAGAAUCUGAUCGGGCGAGUUCGAGAAGCUCGGCUUCGUCUAAGAGGAAAAGGAUGCUGCCGGAGGGUCGGACUCCAUCUCCGCAGCCGAGUCAACCGUUGCCAAGGCCCUGGAGCCCGGGAUUGGAUCCCAAGAACACGCCCAUCGACUAUAGUCUUCCCAUCACUACCUCGUACCUAAAACAUCAGCAGAGGAUGGCCGAGAAGAAUAAAGCAUUAAAGGAGGCAGCGGAAGAACAACAGCAGCAGCAGCAACAACAACAACAACAGCAGCAGCAACAACAACAACAACAACAACAUAAACAGAAAAUCACUGCAAUGGACAUAGACACAGAGAACGUCGAAGGUGAAAGAUUUUCACCUGCUGCAGGUCUCAUCGACACCAAUCUCAAUCUACUCGCCACUAUUCAACAUUUGCACUGCCAAGUGAUGCUUGCUCUAACCGAAAGGCUCAGACCGUCGAUCGCCAUGCCAACUCCUCUCGUAUUACCCUCACCUCACAUCAUAUCCGGUCCGAUGAUCACAGGUUCCGAGGUGUCCGUGCAAACCGGAGAGAACCAUUUGUGAACUCCUAUUAUCGAGCCUAUCGAUCGAUUUGAUCUCUAUGAAGCUUUUAAGAGAAACACAUUUCAAACUUCUUGUCCUUGUACUCACGUGUCUAAUAUCAUGUAUUUGGUGAGGCUGUCGUUUCGAAUUCGUAUUCAUAUUCAAUUUUUAUUCUUCUCUUUGAAUCUCAUUUUUUCAAUAAAUAAAUCAUGAUCCAGUUUCUUGGUUUUGAAAUAGAGAAAAGAGAGAAUAUCAUUUGUGUGACCGGUUACUAAUAAUUAUUCUCAUUAUUGUUAUAAUGCUUUAAAAAAUCUUAUGGAGGAAAACAAAAUAUUUAUCGAUAUUACAUUGGUAAUGAUAGAGUGAAACAUGUCAGCCUCGUACGUUCAUCGAGUCGAAUUAGAAUUGAUUGACUUCGAUCGAUAGAAAUCGAUAGGACGAAUGGAAUAAUGGAGUGGGUCUAUCCAAACGUAAGUCGUGCGACACCUAUCUCCACCACUGAUAUUGUUGUUUUGUGAUAUUCUAUUCGAUAUCAGUGGCUCCUAAAGUAGACAAUUGUUUUAGGAUAAGUUGAUGUCUUUCGAACGGGGAUAGCCGAUGAAUAUUCAAUAGUCUGUACGAAACUGACCUCGUCUAAUAUGCUCUUUACAGAGUGACGAUCCUUUGUUUUCUCUCACUAUUGCCAUUAAUUGAUUUCUAAUGAAGUUUGAAAUCAAGAGAUAUGUCUAACGAUAAAUAUAAAAAUAUCUCCAUCGAAAAUAUCGUUAUCUUUACGCAGAUUGAGAAUUUUCUUUUCUUUCGCCCUUUUUUUCCUUUUUUUCUUUCUCUCUCUCUCUCUUUCUCUCUUUCUCUUUCUCUUUUUUUAAUUUAUCGUCAAUUUAAAGACUUUUUCCAAUUUUCUGGAUCGUGGCGAAAAUACCAACAAGUAUUACAAGUUAUUAGAAGUUUUUACGUAUCGUCGAGAAAUCCUCAAAGUUCGUCCACUUUUUCGAAAAUUUUCUAAUCAUGUCGUCCGGCGACUUAACUCUAAUCCAUGCGAUUCUUUUCCAAAACAACGGACGCCUUCACGAUAUCCUAAACUAAAUCUCACGUACUAUAUUAGUUGCGAAUCAAAUAUUAGAUCUUAAUCUUCGUGUGAUCAUAGCUCUUGCGUCGUUAGAUUGUGAAUUGUGGCGAAGGUACCUAGGCCUUAUUAAUGAUUAUGCUUGCGAAAAGAGUAAGUCUUUUAUUAGAAGUUCGAUAUUAGUCGUCAAGUAUUAAUGAGAUAAACUAUCUCGAGACAAAAAAAAUAUAGAAUGUAAUCUUAUUGCAUUAGAUUCUAUUAUUUUGUACAUACAAGAUUCUUGUAAAAUGAUAUUUAGGUUGUUAAGAUUCGAAAGCGUGAUUGUAUGAAAG